AUGUUCAAUGUCAAAGCAACGAAUGCAAUUCUCGAUGUCAAGCGUAUAACUUGCGUUCAUUCCACAUCUAUCACUUCAAUGCAAUCAGUUUAUGUUGUGAACCGACAAAAAGUAAAUCGAAUAUUACCGUUAUUAUCGCUCAAACUUCAUCGUAAUAAAUCUUUUGGCCUACACGGGCGCAAUACGAACGAAAACAGCAAAGAAGAUGGGACGACUCAAAAAAUGGCAAAACCACAACAGACAGGGCAGCAAACUGAAUCAAAUGUAGAUGUUUGUCAAGCGAGUAAAAAACAACCGAUAGAAGAUAAGAAAAAAACAGAGGAGAGGAAGUGGUGACGAAAGCAGAGUAGUGGACCAUAUGAACAGGUCGAUAUACGAGGAUGGCUAAAGGCCGCAACGGAUGCCGAUGGAAAAACGAGUUCAAAUACGCGUCGCUUCUCGCCGCAUCGGUACACAGGUCCUUUCAAAAUACGAAGAUGGACGAAACAAGGCUUACGGAAAACGAGAAGCACGAAUGGCGAGCAUUUCAGACAGUCAGCCCCACCGCCAUCGCUUAUGGAGCGACCGUCAUCUGUCCGUCUAUUUGGCAGGAAGGAUGGACAUAGGCAACACUCGCGCUUCCUCUCUCCGCAUUAUACUUUGCGAUACGAGGGUGUCCAGCAGGAAAAGGAGACGGUGAUAGUGUGUGCGUCUGUGACGAUUCUACUGACUAUGGAAAUGCGACGGUCGGCUGGCUGGCGAAUGCUACAAACUCUCUCACCCCACCAUUCCACCUCACCCUAA